CAUUUUGGACACGAUCUCUGCCAGCAUUGAAAAUUAGAAAUACUCCUCGGUCAUGAUUUUCUCGUACUAUUUUUUCUUCCUAAUAUUUUUAGGAGGAGAAGUACAACUUUGUCAACUGGUUGAAGGUUCGGAUCAUAAUGAUGCACAGGCCUUUCGUCGCACCGUUAAUAAUCUACUUGAAAAUCUGGCCGACCAAAUAACCUACAUACCCACGAAGGAUGAGCUCGCCGCGUUGGAAACCAGAUUACACGAGAAAUUGGAUAGUUUACAAACGGAUGUCCUGAAUUAGGAAGCUCUUGUCAACUCGGAGAUGGAAAUGGGUACAAAUUAUGUACAAAAAGAAAUUUACAAUCCGAGGAAGCGAAGGUCAAUUCAGGCGCCAGAUUACGCAGCUACAAAUUAUCAAUUGGGCAUUACACCAGAGGCUCAUAAGCCUAACUUUCAGUCCAAUUUUAACCAAACGUGUCAAUUUGUGGAGCAACUAUUAACCGUGCAGAAGGACCAAGCCACAGUUUUGGACGAGAUAAGGAACACAAGCCACAACAUGCUUCGGGGUGUUGGCGCCAUCGUGGAGGCAGUAGACACAUUGAAACAUGUAUACCAUGAAAUUGGCACAGAGCAGGUGAAGGCUUGUGGGUAUGCUUCCGAGCUUACAAAUUCUACGUUCCGUAAUAAACAACUCGUUUGCGAUAAAGGUUGGACCCUAAUUCAACGAAGGGGUGCUCCAACCCUGCCAGGGAGCGAGAGAACCAAUUUCGAAAGAAACUGGGAAGAUUAUGAGAACGGGUUUGGUACACUGGACCAAGAUUUCUGGCUCGGUUUACAAACCAUUCAUGAACUCACGAUGGCGGGAUAUACGCGGUUACGAGUUGAUCUCGAGGACUGGGAGGGUCACAAGAAGUACGCAAUGUACGGCGUCUUCAAAGUCGGCGGUGCCCGAGACAAGUACAAGUUAACGGUAGGCGAAUAUACAGGGACGGCAGGGAAUUCCUUAUCCUCAAAUUCUGGGGAACAAUUCAGCACAUAUGAUAAUGACAACGACGCCAACACCUUUACCAAUUGUGCUGCUGAAUAUCGAGGUGGAUGGUGGCAAGGAAAUUUUUGUUCUGAAAGCAUCCUGAACUCCGUAUACCACAAUUCCAGUAAUGUCGGAAAACCUGGUGUUGGUGUGAUCUGGUGGCAUUGGACGGAUACAGAAUAUUCUUUAAAGAAGGCGGAAAUGAAGGUUCGCAAGCCGUCGGCAUUUACUUGAGGAGAUUUUGAGCCUGGACCUGGGCAGCGCAGAUGUAAUGGAUACUACUGUAUUUAAAUAUGUACAAGGAAUAUGUCAUCUACGCACAAUAGAAGCAAUACAAUAUUAUUUUUACAUAACAUACUUACCAUA